AUGACGCAAACAGAUUCAUCAUUCACUAUCGGAGAAUUGGACUCCUCUUUGACAAAUGAUCCAAGCCAGUUCGUAUUCACGCCAGUCUUCGCAUCAAUACCAGACAAGUAUGAUUUUCUGAAGAUUCUGAUCCAAGAAAUUACUGUCAACUCUCAGGUCCUUCCGAGUCCUCCAAGUCUCUCUCGUUCGCUGAUCUGCGGUGCAGCAUCACUAAUUGAUGUGCUUGAGACCAAGACAACUCUCAUUUUAGGUCCACUCCACACCAGGGAUGUUAGCUGGGCUGAAGGUCAAAUCUGGAGACUGGCUUCUCAGGGCUGUGUUCUCAAAGAACGUCUACGUCAUACACCAGGGUAUAUCGAGCUCCAACUCCCCCACCUUCCACGCAACGUGCUGGUUUUCAGCUAUGGAAAUGAGGGACACUGUUGCGACUUGUGUGAGGUAGCGAAGGGAGGUUCUGAUGCCGUCCAGUAUGGCACAAUAUUGCACCGUCAGUCUAAUACGACAGUUUCACCAAGACAGGCAGUGACAGACAGACCAUCAAGGAUGAUCAGGCAAUGUCAGGCCCGCCAGGAUGGCUUGCCUGGCCACAAUGAUGAACCCUUACCAGCCCAGAUACUCGACAAAGCAGGCUGA